CCCUCUUUUAACCCUAGACAGAGAUCGUCGUUAGAGACGAACACUCAACACACUCACGGAGAGGGAUAGUUUUCCGGCGAAAAGAUUGAUUAAUCAAGCGCAUUAAAUAUGUUUAGAAACCAGUACGACACCGACGUCACAACAUGGUCGCCGGCGGGGAGGUUGUUUCAGGUAGAGUACGCUAUGGAGGCAGUCAAGCAAGGAUCGGCGGCCAUUGGUCUCCGAUCCAAGACUCACGUUGUUCUCGCAUGUGUCAACAAAGCUAAUUCGGAACUUUCAUCGCAUCAGAGGAAGAUCUUCAAGGUCGAUGACCACAUCGGCGUAGCCAUCGCCGGUCUCACUGCUGACGGCCGUGUUUUGUCGCGGUACAUGAGAUCCGAGUGCAUCAAUUAUGGCUAUACCUACGAGUCUCCUCUUCCUGUUGGUCGUUUAGUUGUUCAGCUCGCCGACAAAGCUCAGGUUUGUACCCAACGGUCAUGGAAACGCCCUUACGGUGUUGGUCUGCUGGUAGCCGGCUUGGAUGAAUCUGGGGCUCAUCUCUACUAUAACUGUCCUAGCGGAAAUUACUUUGAAUAUCAAGCUUUUGCCAUCGGUUCCAGGUCACAAGCCGCAAAAACAUAUUUGGAGCGCAAGUUUGAGAAUUUCACAGGUUCCUCUCGAGAUGAGCUGAUCAAGGAUGCACUAUUUGCCAUAAGAGAGACCUUGCAAGGUGAAAAACUUACAAGCACUGUAUGCACGGUGGCUGUGGUUGGUGUAGGAGAAGCCUUCAAUAUAUUGGACCAAGCAACUGUACAGGCAUUAAUUAACGAGUUUGAGAUUUCCGGAGAAGAAGGUCCUACAAAUGAGGGUGUUGCAGAGGAAGCUGUGGGUGAAGCUGGUGGUGCCGCCGCCACUCAGGAGGGUGGAGCCGCACCAGAGCAAGAAACUGCACCGAUGGAUAUUUGAGUGCAGUCAGGUGGUUUACUGUUUGUUUUAGAGCAAUAUUGGUAUGAUGUUUGGAAUAUUUGAAUUGCAGUUGUUUCGAGUUUCUUCCAUUUGAUUGGUGCAAACCUUUCUAAAGCUUUGCCUCUUUUGAACUCUUUAUUUUGAACUGAUUAUAUCCAGAUGUAGUUGGUUAUUAAGUUAAUUUAAAGACACGACCAUGUGAAGUUACUU